AUGCUUCGCGAAGUCUUGAUAAUUGCGCUGCUGCACCAAGCCAGUGGUGCAUGUUUCAAGCAUGUGUCUUGCACCAGCUGCAUUGCUGAAAGUAAUGAUGCUGGCUACUGCAUGUGGUAUACCCAGCCACGACUGGAGGGGAUCGGUGCCUGUGUGGCUGGCCACCCGGGAUAUGCUCCGCCUCAAGAGAUGUCCGGGCAGCUAGCAACGGAUGCCUACGGCCUGUGGUCCAUGGCACUCUCAACCGGCGAAACGGCUUAUUUUACAGUGCAUGACAUAGAUCAAAUUUCAGAUGAUAGCUGCUACACCACGGAGUGCCUGUACCAGGCACAAUGUGAUCCAGGCUAUUAUGCAGUACAGAACAACCCCUGCUACAGCGACGAUGUCUUCCCGGCUUGGCGCGAGCUUCGCUGCUGUAGACAGCAAAGGAACAUCAAUGGCUACCUGAGAGGCUUUGAGGCCACGCACGGCAUUGUCGAUGGCAAGCUCUUCUAUGCCUCCUGCUGCGCCACGUGCUAUCCUGGCGAGGUCAUCGUGGGCUGCCACGCCUACUUUGCCGGGGUCUGCCAGACGUGUGCAGCGGGCAGGUUCAACCCAACGGGCAGCCCUGGCAGCAGCUGCGAGCCCUGCCAGCCUUGCGAAGCGGGCAAGAUUCGUAGAGGAUGUGGUCCAGCAACGCCCGGGUUGUGCGUGGAAUGUGAGUCUGGAAGCGAGUUCAAGACCAUCGGGCUGGAAGGUGCUUGGACAGACACCUGCCAGGCCUGCGAAAGCUGCCCAAGAGGCCAUGUCCGAGUGGGCUGCGGUGGAGCUGAUCCCGGCCAUUGCUCACCCUGUUCUGGGGGCAGCUUCUUUGCAGCGCCAUUCUGCCGCACAUGUUACACAUGUAUACAGGGUGAGCGUCGAGGAUGUGGAGGGCAGCAAAUUGGUGUGUGCACUGAGUGCAGCAAGGGCAAAUACGAGGUGGCCAACACUGACGGUGCUUGCUUGGAUUGCGAGACAUGCGCCGAAGAUGAAGCGGAGAGCAGUGCUGAUGGCUUUCAAGUUUCCGGGCCAUGGGUUCGCGUUGGAUGUGGCGCUGCUGCUACUGGCAAGUGUGUACGUAUGGCAGCGCAGCUGAACCUGCAGGAUGCUAGAUGUCCAACAGCGGAUGCAGAAGCACUUUGCGAGGGUGCGUCCGUGUCCGCGCGCUGGACGCUUCAUGGACUCUCAAUGCGGCAGCUCGAUGCAGAGUAUGGAAAUUGCACAGCAGCAGCUGGCCUUUGCCUCUCCGGAUUCUGGCGCAUUGUGCUCUACAGGCGUGAGGUCGACGACUUUGCUGGCUCCCAGGUGGCUGAGCUCGGGGAGUGGUUCUCCACCGAGCUGGAGCAGGAGUCUUCCCUGGACGCUCCCAACGCAGUGUUCAAGAAGAGUGGGCUCCAGCUGCCCAGUGGGCUCCCGGAGGCAUCAGGAUACUUUCUGCGGAUCUUCCUGUUCGAUGCUGGCGGGAGUUGCUGCGGCGCGACAUCAGUCAGUCCCGUAUUUGCAGACUCACAAGAUUUGAGCUUGGCGGGCCAGAUGCUGGCUGUCCAGGAAGCUGUCGACUUGGCCGCGGAUGAGAUAUCCGAUGGUAGCUGGCAGGCGGCGCACACCCUUCUAAGCGACACCUGCGCAUCCACCAGCGGUGACGGCUCUUGGGAGGCUUGUGAGAGAGCCAAGGCACUGCAGCUGGGUUUGCCUGCAGGUCAGCGUACGAUGAUGCCUUUUGCCCUACUGCACUCCGCCGGUAGUGCGGACAUUGCUGCUCUUGGGGCGGCCUUUCCUGUGAAGGAGGCGGGCGAACGGCUUCUGGACAUGGAGCGCAUCCAUGAGGCCAUGGUGAAGUUGAUCCCGCCCAACCUGACCACCUGGCAGUCUCUCAUUCAUCCCUUGUUUGCUGCACCGGGACGUUUGCUUGCCAAUAUCACGGCUGCUGACAACACCAGUGACGUGAACAGCACUGACGAGCACAUUGCCAACGACUCUGCGCUCAACCAGAGCAACAGCAAUGCGACCGAGGUAGAUGCCAACGUAACCGUCCACGCCACCCCCAAUGUCACCGCCAAUGCCACCACAACGACUACAACAUCAAACAUACAACUACUUGAUUAUACAGCAGAGGUAGCUGAAGCCCAGCUGGUGCAGCUGCGGGGCGAAGCCCUGCAAGCUGCUGCUGGAGCCAAGGCGCUAGAGGAGCAGUGGCAGUCUGAGGUAUCCAGUUGCGUGCAGCUCCUUCCGGGUAAGCUGCGAGAACUGCAGGAGAUUGACAAACUCCUCGGUGAAAGCGGCGAGGCCGCAGGCUUCAGCGUUGUCCGGAUGGCACAAGCCAUCACUUGGAAGCUCCGUGGACAGCUGCAAGCGUUGGUCAACGCCACGGACCUAUCCCAGAAGGAACAGCAUAGUGUAGAGGUGGUGCAGAGGAUUGGCUCCAUGGCGCUCAUGAUGCUUGGGACUUGGGGUCACUCCUGGUACCAUGGUCUUGAGUGGAGGUUGCUUGUCCAGGCAGACUCCGCAAGCUGGCCUCCCGUUAUGACGGCUCCUUUGGGAGGUGCUGAGCUGCCUCCUGGGUCUGUCGAUAUUGCAGAUACACGGAAACGCGUCUGGGAGCCCUUUCUGCAAGUGGCAGAGGAUUGGUUCGACUUUGCAGAGGAUGUCCGCUUUCAUGUAGAGAACCAAACCGGGUCCACUUCUUUGACGAGGCUCUUGCCGAUCAUGCGUGCGGCCAUAGCCCAAGUCUCAGAUUUUACUGAGCUUGUUUUGGAACCGCUAACGCGUGAGGGCUCAAUGCUGUUUGCAGGGCCUCUCCCUAACAUCUCGCUUCCAUCAAGUUGUGGCAACCGUGGUUGGUGUUUGUCCUUUGUGGCAAGGCAGGUGUCAGAAGAAUUGGCAGUAGAGGAUGCUUGGGAAGGCUUUGGUCCACAAGCUGUCCGGCCCUGGAUUGACCCGCGGGUUGAAGACCUUCGAUUGAAGAGGGCAUCCAGUGAAAUGUUGCAGAUGGUUUGGGGCAGGAUUCGGAUAUUUGAGGAGCUGUUGCUGCAAGUUGUGGACAUUCGGGAUAUUCAAAAAGAGCCCAGCAUCUCGGCAGCAGCUUCAGCGCAGGCAACUCACAUAGCAGCCCACAUUGACGUGAUCUUACAAUGGUCCACUCGCUCCAACAUGACCACUGGUAGUGAUCGGCCAGAGGCUGCCUGGCACUGGCACGAGCUUAGUAAGUUGCGGUCGGCAUUGGACCGCAGCCGCCGAUCGGCUGCUCUGCUGGCAAGGCGACGCCUCAGUCGCCUGGAGCUUUUGACAGCCUGGGUCGCAGGCCAGCGAGAUGAUGGCUAUGCCGCGGGCCCUGCCACUUGGAGUUGGCGGCGGCCUUGGUCACCUUGGAGCGUGCAGAGGGAAGGCAGUCCAGCCAACGCUGUCUUUGAAGCCUCCGGAGCAGCUGCAGCAAAGCUGGAAGCAGCAAUAGCUGAAAAGGAGUUGCACGCAGCGACACGUGCACAGGCAUACCUAAGAAUUGACAUCAGCUCAGACCUGCGUCCAGUCACGUACGCUGGUUUUGCGCAAACAGGCAGCGCGAUCUUGCGGCUGACCGCGCCGACUGGUCGGGAUCAUUUGAUGAUGCAUGCGGAGGCUAAGGCCUUCUUGAUCUCUUUGCCAGCAUCACAGCUCCCCGAUCCCUUGCAGCCUGGAGCUGAAACGGGAGAAGCUCCGUCAGGAGCCUUUCCGCAGCAGCAUAUCGAGCUUCGCUUGAAGCGGUUGCCAGGGGCAUUCGAUGCUGCAGACACGUCAGUAGAACCUCCACAAGAAGGCACCCGGCCCUUCGUGACGCGGCAUGAACGUGGCACGUGCAUGCCGCUUGCGCAGAUCCAGGCUGAGAAAGCUCCAGAGAUUGUCCCGGCAGCAUUGUCGCCUUUGGAUGGCUUUUGGGUUCUCACAGCUCGGGAUGGCACGUCGGCAAGACUGCUUCAGAUUGACGAGGGCACCGUGCUACGCUUGCUGUUUGAACUUGAUGUUCCGGAUGGGACUCCGCCUUGGCAGCUGCUGUCGGACACACGCGAUGUCUUGUACAAACUACCAGAAGAUGGGACGUGCAGCGGCCUGCGGCCCAUCUUCGGAUCGGCGCCAGAGACGUCGACCUUUCCGUCGACAACUCGCACAACACUCUACACGCAGACGGCCACAACUAUACCCCUUAUUCCCACCACCAGCCGGCAGGGAGUGAUAAUCGUGGAGGAAGAGGAGGGCCUCGUUCUGGCUCCGAAGCAGUCUACGCCUCCACCGCCUGAGGCAGCUCAGGAGCCUUGGACUCCUCCAAUCUGGUUUUAUGCUGUCCUUUUUCUGCUGGUGCUUGUCUCAAUGGUGGUUGUGGUGCGUUGUGUCUUCAAGCACCAGCGCCGUCGACUCAAGAAUGUGGCCAAGAUUGCGCAAGAGCCUUUGCAGGACGAGGGCAAAGUGUCCGUGGAAGACAAGGCUCCGGUGACUUCUGAGGCUCCUACCAUCCUCACCAAAGAUGCGAAUCCAUUGCGGGAGGCUGCCACGGGCAAGGCAUCGGAAAACCCCUACUUGGCGAUGGCCAAGAAGUCGCCCAAAAAGAUGGCUUCACGCAAGAGCGGCUCGUGGGAGAUCUCCGACACGCCGCGCGAGGAUGACGCGAAGAAUGAGGAGGACAACAAAUCAUGGUCUGAAGCCUCUACCCCGGAGGGUUCAGAUGCAGAGGAUGCGGCAAGCAGCCGUAGCAGCCUGCACUCUCCUUCAAGUGGGCAUUCCAGUCGUUCGGGUGAUUCCUCUUCGUCUGGUAGGUCUGUGGUCAGCCCCCGCACGGCACUGGCAGCCAAGGCACUUGAGGCUCAUGCGCAGAACUUUAGUGCAGAUGCUUUGACGGCAGGGGCACUUCGAGCGCAUGUGCAGGAGUUUACACCGGAUGCUAGGGCAGCCAAGGGCCUGCAGGCCCACGCAAAGAUGUUAGCCUCCUCCAGCUCUGGCCCCGUGACGCUCCCUGUUGCUCCAGCUUUGGAAGCCUCGUCGAAACCGAGACCACAGGGCUCCAAGAAUUCCAAGAGCUCCAAGGACUCCGACGCCAAAGCAAGGACACCCGAGACCACAGAGAAGAGGGUGGAGGCAGACGUUACGCAGCCUGCUGUGGAGGUACCAGAAUGA